AUGGACACUGGUGGAUACAGCAAGCUGGGUAGCGCCAUCGAGGAGGUUCCCCAAGGGCAGUUGGGACGCUGGGAGUACUACAAACAAAGGCUUUUCUUCCUGGUCUUGGCUUUCCUGGUGGCCACAGUGCUAUGGGUUCUCAUUUUGAGCACCCUACUGUCCAAGGCCUCCAACGAGCGCAGGGCACUGCUCAGCCACCAGGACCUGCUGAAGACAAACGCCUCAGAGCAAAAUAUGAUGUUGAGUGCCUUGAAAGAGGAUGUCAGAGGCUGCAGGAACUGCUGCUCAGGGAUAAAAGCGCAGUUGCAAACCACACUCGCUGAGUUUAAGGACACAAGGGCAAAGCUGAUGGAGCAGGAGAGCGCCCUUAAAGAACUGCAAGACCGUGUGACCCAGGGCCUGGCUAAAGCAGGCAGAGAUCGUGAGGACAUCCGAAAUGAGCUGCUCCGGGCACUGGAAGCUGUCAAGCAACAGAACAGAUCCUGCGAGCAGUGCCCCACAUCAUGGCUGUUCUUCCAAGGCUCCUGCUACUAUUUCUCUGAGACUCAGGCCGUAUGGGACACAGCGCAGAGCUACUGCUCAGCCCACGGUGCCUACUUGGUGAUUGUCAAAGGCCCAGAGGAGCAGGGUUUCCUGAGUCAGCAUACACGUGGCCGAGGCUACUGGUUGGGUCUGAAGGCAGUUCGCCGUCUCGGCAAGAUUCAAGGCUACCAGUGGGUAGAUGGAGUGUCACUCACCUUCAGCAACUGGAACUCUGGAGAGCCCAAUGAUUCCAGAGGACAGGAGGACUGUGUCAUGAUGCUACACUCGGGGCUGUGGAAUGAUGCACCGUGUACCAAUGAGAGGGAUGGCUGGAUCUGUGAGAAGAGGAGCAUCUGCUGAUCCUGC